AUGGCAAACAACAAUCAGUACGUCCUGGUAAUCAUGUUAUUCUUAGAUCUUUGCCUAAUCUAUGGUCUCUCCUCAGCUGUGGGUGAAGAUGGAACCGGAACAAGUUCACAGAAAAUGGUAAAUGUUGGGGUAAUUCUUGACCUGGAUUCUCCGGUUGGCAAGACGGCUCAACGCUGCAUAUCCAUGGCCGUCUUGGAUUUCUAUGCUAGAAAUCCCAACUAUCGAACAAAGCUGAAUCUUACUGUGAAGGAUUCUAGGAAUGAUGUUGUUUCUGCAGCAUCAGCAGCUGUAGAAUUGCUAAGGAAUGAAGAGGUGCAAGCUAUUCUAGGCCCCCAAACGUCAAACGAAGCUAAGUUUGUCGCAAGUCUUGGAGAGAAAGCACAAAUCCCCAUUAUCUCGUUUUCAGUCACAAGCCCUUCUUUGACUCCAACUCUGAACCGUUUCUUCAUCAGGACAGCUCUCGAUGACUCUUGUCAGCUAAAAGCCAUCACAUCCAUUGUUCAAGCAUAUGGGUGGCACGAAGUAGUUGUAAUAUAUGAAGACACAGAAUAUGGAAAUGGUUUAGUUCCCUAUAUAAUUGAUGCCUUGCAACAAAUUGACACCAGGGUAUCUUACAGAAGUGUCAUUUCCCCAUCAUCCAGUCCCUUAAAGAUUUUGAAAGAGCUUAACAAGUUAAGGGCAAUGCAGACGAGGGUGUUCUUGGUGCACAUGACUCCUUCAUUUGGUUCUCAACUUUUUGUUCUUGCAAAAGAUGCUGGCAUGAUGAGUGAAGAGUAUGCUUGGAUCAUAACUGAUGGAUUAUCAUCUGUGUUAGAUCCAAUGGAAGGAAAGGUCAUUGAUUCAAUGGAAGGUGUAGUAGGCGUAAGGCCCUAUGUACCAAUGUCAACAGCUCUUGAUGAUUUCAAGAUGAGAUGGAAACAAAAGCAGACUCAUUCUAAGAUAAGCAUCUUUGGCUUAUGGGCUUAUGAUACAGUUUGGGCAUUAGCCAAGGCUGUAGAACUUGUUGAGUUGCAGGCAAAUUAUUCCAGUGCUCUAAAGAAAAAUGAUAUAGGGAAAAGCACAGGUGGAAUAUUGAGCCAAAUUGGUGUGUCUAAGACAGGUCCAAGGCUUCUCCAAACAUUGUUAAGUACCAAAUUUGAAGGCUUAAGUGGGAGAAUUAGAUUGAUUGAUCAACAGUUUCAACCUGCAGCCUUUGAAAUAUUCAAUGUGAUACGUAGGAGGGAGAGAGUGAUUGGAUAUUGGACCCCCAACAAAGAAUCAUUUCAUGAUUUAGUUCAAUCCAGUAUGUUAACAAAUUACUCGAGUAAUUCCAUUGCCAUGGAUGAUCAUGGUGAGUUUUUCGUUAGAAAACCUGUAUGGCCUGGAAACACCAGUACUCCACCAAAGGGUUGGGCUAUACCUAUAACUGGUAAAAAGUUGAGGAUUGGUGUACCUGCAAUAACAGCUAACAGUUUUGAUGAAUUUAUGAAGGUAGAAUGGUUUCCUAAUACCAAUGAGCCUAAGAGCUUCUCAGGGUUUUCAUAUGAUGUCUUCGUUGCAGCCUUAGAAAGAAUGCCAUUAGCACUUCCACACAAGUUCAUUCCAUUCACCAAUGGUUCAUCAAGAGAGGGUGCAGGGACUUAUGACGAUCUUCUUCACCAGAUAAAAUUGAAUAAAUUUGAUGCUGUAGUGGGAGAUACAACAAUCAUUGCCAGUAGGACAGCUUAUGUGGAUUUUACACUACCUUAUUCUGAAUCAGGCGUACAGAUGGUGGUGAAGGCUGUUAAAGAUGACAAACGAAAGAAUAUGUGGAUUUUCCUAAAACCUCUUAGUUGGGAACUUUGGUUGACAACUGGGGGUGCCAUCAUUUUUACCGCUGUUGUAGUAUGGUUCUUGGAACACAAUCAAAACAUCGAGUUCAGAGGUUCGCGACAGCAACAAGUUGGCACAACCCUUUGGUUUUCUUUUUCAACUCUUGUUUUUGCACACAAGGAGAGGGUGGUGAGCAACUGGACAAGAUUUGUGCUGAUCAUAUGGAUUUUUGUGGUACUCAUCCUAACACAGAGUUACACUGCCAGCUUAGCCUCACUGCUGACUGUAGAAAGGUUGCAGCCAGCAGUUGUUGAUGUAAAUGAACUCAGACGUAAUGGUGCUUACGUUGGAUACCAAAAGAAUUCCUUUGUACGAGAGCUAUUAACAAGAGAAUUAAAGUUUGAGGAGAACAGGCUAAAGGAUUAUAGAUUUCCUGAGGAGUAUCAUACAGCAUUGUCUAUAGGCAGCAAAAAUGGUGGCGUUGAUGCUAUAUUUGACGAAAUCCCCUACCUGAAGCUCUUCCUUGCCAAGUAUUGUACUGGAUACACUAUUGUUGGACCAACCUACAAAACUGACGGAUUUGGCUUUGCCUUCCCAUUAGGCUCCCCUCUUGUUGCUUACGUUUCGAGGGCAAUCUUGAAUGUAACUCAAGAUCAUGAGAAAAUGGAACAACUGCAACGGAAUUAUUUCCCGGAUGAAUCCAAAUGUCAAGAUCCGAGGUCCACAUUCUCUUCAGAAAAUCAAAGUCUAAGCGUGUACAACUUUGCAGGCCUCUUCAUCAUCACAGCAGUCAUUUCAAUUUCUUCAUGCUCAAUAUAUACACUUUCCAAGUUCCUCUAUAAAAAGUGGACUGUCUUGAAUUCCAUCCAUGCAAAACCCAGCUCACUCUUGUCAGUAUGGAAGCAUUUUCAUCAAAACAAACCAACUGAUCAACAUACACCUGCUUCAUCAGCAACAAAUGCUAGAGGUAGUGAAGCUUCACAGAUGCUAGAGUCUUUCCACCAAGCAUUCGACAAUGUUGCCAAAGAUGAACCGAGGGGGCUUUCCAGAGUGGUCAGUAUGCAUUUAGAUGAAAGAGACUCGAAAAUGAAGAAGAUUGAAGAGGAGCAGACGAGGACUAGGGAGGGCCAUGAAGUGAGCUUGCCUCUUCACAGGGCUGAACUUGAUAAAUUACUAAGGGUGGCUGUGCAGGAGAUCAUGGCAGUGGAGAUGGACAAGGCCAUACAGAGGGCUGGGUUGUUAAACCUGGGACCUUCUUUGGCUGCAAUCCUCGCGAUGGCGAACGAGACAAACAGAAGCACAUCACAGUUAAACCGGUUGAAUGAAGUGAAUGCAUCAACCCGUCUUCCUGCAGCUACUAUUGCUAAUCAGGAUCAUUAG